ACAAAUAAUAAACCAAAAAACGCUCUUUAUCUUCGAUCAAUGACGUCCGAUUUGUACUAGCAUUUUCUUUUUGUUCACUAAUACCUCGUCGAUUCUCCCCAAGUUCGUCUCAAAUCCCGACACCGGCAUCUUUCAUCGAUCGACGAUCAAUCCACUGAUUGCUCUUAGAUAAGAUCGACGGAGAGAUGUCGUCGGUGUUCGGUAGGCUUUUUGGGAAGCCCAAGGAGCAGGCAGACGCUCUCUCUACCCUUGACAAGUUAAAUGAGACACUUGAGAUGCUAGAGAAAAAGGAGGGUGUUCUUUUGAAGAAGGCUGCUGGUGAAGUUGAAAAAGCUAAGGAGUUCACAAGAGCAAAGAACAAAAGAGCUGCGAUACAAUGUUUGAAGCGGAAGAGGCUUUAUGAACAGCAAGUUGAGCAGCUUGGGAAUUUCCAAUUGAGAAUUCAUGAUCAGAUGAUAAUGCUAGAAGGUGCAAAAGCUACAACGGAAACUGUUGACGCAUUGAGAACUGGAGCAGCUGCUAUGAAAGCUAUGCAGAAAGCAACGAACAUUGAUGAUGUCGACAAGACUAUGGAUGAAAUUAAUGAGCAGACAGAGAAUAUGAAACAGAUUCAGGAAGCGCUCUCUACUCCUAUUGGUGCAGCUGCUGAUUUUGAUGAAGAUGAGUUGGAAGCAGAACUUGAAGAAUUGGAAGGAGCAGAAUUAGAGGAACAACUUCUUCAGCCAGCUACAACUGCACCUGCUGCUCCAAUGCCCAACAUUCCAUCUGGUAGGCAACCAGUUCGUCCUGCUCCGCAGAAAAACACAACUGAAGAAGAUGAACUUGCUGCAUUGCAAGCAGAAAUGGCUCUGUAGUGAGGUCGAAUAUGCUUUGCCAAUGACGGUGCUUUGUAAAAACAAAUUUGAUGCGUUUCAUGGAGGGACCAAGCCUCUCCAUGUUGAUUUGAAAUUGUGUGAAUAUUUUUCCUGGUGCACUUUAUAUUGUUGGAAGAAAGAAAACAACCCCAUAGUAUCUUCUUAUUA